AAAAAGAUAGUUCUAUAGUUCUUAAAACUUUCAAAUACAUCUGUUAUUUUUAAACAAAUAAACAUGCUUGUGCUUUGUUUGCGACUCUGAUGUUACAGUUUAGAGUCUGACAUGGAAACAUAGCUGAAUCAAAUGUUAGAUUUGAGAGUCCUGUAAAGAAAAUUCAAUAAAAAAGUUUUCAAAAUUUCUUCACUUUUAAUAAUCUGAUAAAUAAAUGUUUGUAAUUUAUCUAUCAUGUGCAUUACUGUAGUUCUGAAACAAGAAAGAGACCUCACCCCUUGAAGAGUUUGCUAACUAAAUGGGGAACACCGACAAAGGAAGGAGGGAAGACAGGCCCAGACAAGGGAAGUAACUUGCCAAAGGUCACACAACUGGUCAGUGGCAGAACCAGGAAUAGAACACAGGUUUUCUGAGUCCUAGCCUGUUGUUCUUUCCACUAGACCCUGCUGCCUUCCACAUCACGUUUACCUGGACAGUGUCUCUUUAAAACAAAUUUCCACAGUAUUAUUUCUAUGUGUAAAUGAUUGGGAGUUUCUGAGAUGCUUCUGCUAUAUAAGGUCCUAAGCAGAUCUGUGCAUUGCUCAGGGAGGAAGAGGAGGAGGGAGUCAUGAAUGAACGAGGGAGAGCAGCUCUGUGUGAUGUCCCUUCUCUGUUCUCAGGGCUUUGCCAUCAGAAGUGGAGGUCUUGGAGUCCAUAUACCUGGAUGAGCUGCAGGUGUCUCGAGGAAAUGGCAGGUAUUUGUGCUAUUACCAGGUAUCACUAAUUCUGAGGGGUGAGAUUUUACCAUUUUGGUGUAUGUUUAUCUCAGAAGUCUGAUCUCAGAGCAGUGGUACUGGGAGCAAUCCUUGGACUGGCUUGUGUACACAGAUGUUACGGGUGUCCAACUGUGGACUCUGCACUUGGGAUUCAAAGCCCUGGUGAGCUGAGAAUAAGGUUCCAGUGGUCGUGUCCAGAUUGAAUGCUCACUGAGAGGGGGUUCUGCUGUCUUUAGUCCUAUGCUGGCGCACUGAGCUCCCUGGCUCGUACCUGAGCUACUGCCAAUCUCCGCCCUCGUUCCUAGCGGCUCCUUUUCCUGAGCCGUUAGUGCACUCUGGCCCCAUCCCAACGAGCGGUUCCCCUGCUGGGGCGGGGCAGGCACGCUCAGCCUGAUGGUCUCCUCUCUGCUGCACUCCAUGCACUGUAGCCACUUUUCAGCCCCACGGGGCUUGCCUGGAAGGUUUGUGCUGCUGUGGCAAUAUGCAGCCCACGUCCCCCUCGCUGCACCGUCUGUGCCCCAUUAAUAUUCCUCACGUGAUAGCUGGACGCUUCCCCUCCGCCUCCGUGCCCCCACAGUAUCCCAAUGAAGUGCCGAAAAUCUCGAUCCGGAAUCCGCGGGGGCUGUCGGAUGAGCAGAUCCAGAAGAUUUCCCAGACCUUGGGACAAGUUGCGGGGGCUGGGCUCGGGACGGCCGUGCUGUAUGAACUGAUUGAGAAAGGGAAGGAAAUUCUCACCGACAACAACAUUCCUCAUGGCCAGUGCGUGAUCUGUCUCUAUGGCUUCCAGGAGAGAGAAGCAUUCACAAAGACUCAGUGCUACCACUACUUCCACUCUCACUGCCUGGCUCGCUACGCCCAGCACAUGGAGGAGGAAAUUCACGUGCAGCAGGAAGAGAGAGAGCAGCACCUGGCACCUCCUGCCAAGCAGGGAGUCGGAGUGCAGUGCCCCGUCUGCCGGGAAACACUAAUCUACGACCUCUCCGCUCUGCGGGCAGCGCCCCCCCCUCAGCACCCGGUGGAGCCGUACAGGCCUGAUGCAAAGGCGCUACAGACCCGAGAGGAACUGCAGAUAAUCUACCAAAGGCAGCAACAGAAGGGCGGGAUCAUUGACCCCGAGGCAGAGAGAAACCGCUACUUCAUCACCCUCCAGGCACCUCCAGCGGCUGCUGAUCCUGGCCACGGAGCCGCCGCUGAGCUGCUGACUCCUGAAAAUGCCAUGGCUGCCACUGGGCAGCUCUGCCAACCACCGGCCCCAGAACGUGCUGCGGAGCCUGCCAGCCAUCCCCGAGCUCUAGCUCUGGGGAGAGAACCCGGGCAGCUGGCAAAAGCGUCUGUCCCCCUGGAGCACCAGAGCAAGAGAGAGAGGCACCGAGGGGAGAGGCCGGGAUUCCGAGGCCAGGGCAGGCAGCCGUACAGCGACCCACAAGCAGCAGCUAUGGAAACUUACCGCCUUCUCCGUGGCUCUGGGGGACCCGGCGGUUUCAACUGGAGACCCGACCGGAGGGAGGACAGGAGCCAGAGACCCAGUGUGGGAUACAGCCAGGAGUUCCCUAAGCCGCACGGCAGAGGCAGAGUGGCUACCUUUGUUGGUAGGAAAGAGUCAGGCCCUGAUGGCAUCUUGCCGGGGAAAGGGGCAUUGGACUUGAAAGAGGAGCAUCCCGCUGUGGGGAGUUGGACGCCGGAGCAGGGAGCUGAGACCCAGAGCAGGGAGAAAGAAAACCGGGCACUAAACCAGCGUGACCCCAGGAGCCCCACCAGCUGGCAGGGCCAUCACAGGACCUGGGACUGUGGGAGAUGGGAGAAAUCCCGGGGCAGGGAGCGUGGUUUCUAUCCCAGGGUGCCACAGGGGCGAGGGGCAUUCAUGCCCAGUGCAAGGAGAGACCCCCAUGGCCAAGUGAAGGAGGAUGGCUCCUAGCAGGGUGGGGGGACAGGGGCUGGUGCAGGGGGGGCCUUUCCUGGGGAGAACAAUAAAGAGUCUAUUGGAAUAUCAGCUAUCCGCCUCCGUAUCCCAGGAGGAGAUGGGCUAGCCCAGAUCUCUCCGUGGGUGUGGGUGGCUGGCUGGCACAGGACACCUCUUCGUGGGUAAAACACUUUCUGGAGAGGAACACAGUGAGGGUGUGAUGAGCUGGGCACGUGGUGGGGGUGGGGGAAGUGGAAAUCCAGGCUGGACUCACGCCUUAGUAAACCAGCAGCAGGUGCGGUUACUAAUGGCUGCGUUGCAGGGUCUCUUGGCAGAUUGUCAAUCUAUCGCCUGGUUAGUCCUGGGCAGGCAAAAUCCCUCUCUUGGCCUUGAAGGCAGGACCCAGGAGUAGCCAGAUGCCGCUUGACUGCAGCCAUCUAUGUAAGGGCUACGCAGGGUCUUCCCCAUGCUUCAGGCUCUGCCCCGAGGCCAGCCUAGACUGGCUCCUCUGAGCAGGGACAGUGGCCCUGCUGCUAGCCCUGCCUGGAUCUCUGAUGCUAUUGUCAGCAGCAAUGCUAGAGCUGAGGUGAGGGUGGGACUGUCCCAUGGAGCAGAACGGCCGCAGGAAGCCAGGCCCCGCUCAGUGCCAGCGAGCAAGGCCAGGGUGCGGGGAGAAUCCCAGCACUCGUGUCCCAGGCUCUCCUGAGGGUGAACUCCCGCUGCUUGCUAUGGGGUCAGCUCCCCCGGGGGUAGCGCUACCGUUCCUCUUGAGCUGGGAGCGUUGCUUUACUGACAGCCCCCACCCCUGACUACUCAGAGCUCGACUUGGGCCAGCUCCAGUAGCUUCGAGCCGCCUGGGCCAUGGGGGUUCUAGUGCUUUGGGUUCUUCCAGGCCCUGCCAUUGGUUCCAUUUCUCUGUUGAUCAUAUUCAAAAGGGGCUUGGCCUGUCCCUUUCCCAGCAUCACCCCCUUUUCUGCUUGCUCACCGAUCAGAACCGGUUCUCCUCCUCUCCUUGUAAACAUCCCUGUAUAGACCACAGUGGAUGCCCCCUGGUGCAGCUGGUGCUCCAGGCUUCAUGUGGU